UCGAGCUCACCGAUAAAUACCAUCAUCGUACUCGUCGCGCCCCACUCCAGAACCUACUCUCCAUCGUCUUCUUCAUCCUCUCUGAUUCAGUACACUCUGAUCUCUCACAGCCAUGGCGAAAGAACCAGUUCGCGUCCUUGUCACCGGCGCUGCAGGACAAAUUGGAUAUGCUCUUGUUCCAAUGAUUGCUAGGGGUGUGAUGUUGGGGGCUGACCAACCUGUAAUUCUCCACAUGUUGGAUAUUCCACCUGCUGCAGAGGCUUUGAAUGGAGUAAAGAUGGAAUUAGUUGAUGCUGCUUUCCCGCUUCUCAAAGGUGUUGUUGCUACAACCGAUGCUGUUGAGGCAUGUACUGGUGUCAAUGUUGCAGUCAUGGUCGGUGGUUUUCCAAGAAAAGAAGGCAUGGAGAGAAAAGACGUUAUGUCAAAGAAUGUUUCUAUCUACAAGGCUCAAGCUUCUGCUCUCGAGAAACACGCUGCUGCUAACUGCAAGGUGUUGGUUGUUGCUAACCCUGCAAAUACUAAUGCAUUGAUCUUGAAGGAAUUUGCACCGUCUAUUCCAGAUAAGAACAUUACUUGCCUGACUAGAUUGGACCAUAACAGGGCCCUCGGUCAAAUCUCAGAGAGAUUGAAUGUUCAAGUGAGUGACGUUAAAAAUGUCAUAAUAUGGGGAAACCACUCAUCAUCGCAGUAUCCUGAUGUCAAUCACGCAACUGUGAAAACACCAGCUGGUGAAAAGCCUGUCCGAGAGCUUGUUGCCAAUGACGAAUGGUUGAACGGGGAGUUUAUAACCACUGUCCAGCAGCGCGGUGCUGCAAUUAUCAAGGCUAGAAAACUCUCCAGCGCACUUUCUGCUGCUAGUUCUGCUUGCGACCACAUACGUGAUUGGGUGCUUGGAACUCCGGAGGGAACUUGGGUAUCCAUGGGUGUAUACUCUGAUGGCUCGUACAAUGUCCCGGCUGGACUAAUCUAUUCCUUCCCAGUUACUUGCAAAAAUGGAGAAUGGUGCAUUGUUCAAGGUCUUCCUAUCGACGAGUUUUCAAGGAAGAAGAUGGAUGCCACUGCAGAAGAGCUCUCCGAGGAAAAGGCUUUGGCAUACUCGUGUCUUUCUUAAGAUACAAAUCCCGCCUACUCGAGAUAGAGAUCUUGAGAUCUCGAGGUAUUAGUGCAUUGCUCUGCCGUUCUGAAUAAAGUCAUGGAUAUGCACAUGGUGCUUCUGUGAGAGUUUUUGUUGAUGUACACCUUUCUAUUUUUCUUGAUUUGAGAGGUGACUGAAUUUAGUUUGCUUUGUGUAAUUGAUGAGUACACUUUGCUGCUCCAAUGGUUUCCUAAUUUGAACUAUACACUUUGUUAAGUA